UACUGCAGUUGUGACACUUCUGUGAAUUGGACUGUCUAAAAUAUUUAUAUAUUCUUCUCAUCUCGACACCGAUUACAGCAAUGGCAACCCUUGUUGGAGGUCCAUCCGAGGUGAAGCAAGCCACACCCGAGGUACAGAAGAUCUGUGAUGAGGUCAAACAUCAUGCAGAAACGAAGGCGGGAAAGAAGUUUGCUGUUUUCGUUGCCAAAUCUUUCACCACUCAGGUCGUGGCCGGAACCAACUACUUCAUCAAGGUAAAUGUAGGAGGCGAUGAAUUUGUUCAUCUCAGGGUUCAUAAGUCGCUUCCUCACAGUGGAGCAAAACUCCAGCUGCACGGGAUCCAGAUAUCGAAAACUCAACAGGAUCUUAUUGAAUACUUUUAAUGCAUGCACACGGAUAAUAAAAUGUCAUACUGUAUGUAGAGGAGUUUUAUAAGACCAGCACAGCUUUGUUUACUUUGACAACCAUUAUAUUGUUGUGAAAUAAUUGCACAUGGAUAUGAAUCAACAUUCUAAACCUGAUUUAUUGAAAAUAAUGGAACUUUUAAAAUAAAGGGAAUAAAUUUCAUAUUUCAAAUGGGAA